ACAUUUGCACCUGUGUUCACCAUCACUGGUAUAGGAUGUUUGGCAGCUAAGUGAAGAAGAUAAUUUCCUAUCUCAUGUUAACCCAGAAUUAUUCCUGCUAUCUGAUGAUGGGGAAAACAAUGAGAUGUCCUGAAUGACAUUUUCAGCUUUUGCCUCUUUUUGUUUUUAAUUGUAGCCUGUGGUUCACCCAGGCUGAAAGCCAUAAUACGAUAUAAGAUGGCUGAGCUUCUAGAAUUCAUGCACUAAAGCAUGCUUUUGUGGCUUCGCUAAUUCUAAGUUUAGUUUUGCCUCUCUUCUCCAAUUUGUUCAACGAAUAUGUGCUGACUGGUGUUUUUUUAAGUAUCUCCCAGAUUUGCUGGGGGAAAACGGACUUCUGAUGCAGUUCAGCAGCCCGGCUGAAACUGAUGCUGAAAGGAAAAGGGCUGCGAUACACAGCAUGGCUAACCUGUGCUUCAGCCUACCUGGACAGCCCUACCUGGAGGAAUCAUACAGAGAAAUCUGCUUUCAGGCUUUCCUGAGCAUCUUACAGUCUUCCAAAGGAACUGAAGUAGAUGACAUCACCUUUUCCAUGGUAUUUCAGAAAUGCAUGUUUCAUGGACUCCCUGGAAUUAACAUAGAAAUGCCCAGCGUCUUAUAUCCAGCACUCCUUCCUCAGUACGACAGCCGGUCACCCAUCGAGCAAGAGAAGUUGGAGCAGAACAGUGUUAAACUGAGCGGGAACAGGAGGAAGAAGCCGAAAGGAAAACCGAAGAAAGGGAAGCCGGAAGAAGAAGGAGUAAAAGAGCAGCCAGGAGGUGCCGAAGGAGGCAGAGUGGAGAAACCCACAUUAAAGGAUGAGUUAUCGCAAGAUCAGGACUCGAAGAUGACAAAUUGGGCAUUCAGUGAUAAAUAUCCCUCACUUGCGAAAGAGCGUUUAUCUUCCCACGCUUUCAGCUGGAAGAGAAUCAGCAGCAGUGACUCAGAAUAUUCUGAUGCGGAAGGUGGAAUGCAGAGCAAAACAAGGUCUUUCCAAGCUAAAGUUCGUCAAGGGGCUUUAACCUGCUUCCUUUCCACUGUGAAAUCCAUAGAGAAGAAAGUCCUCUACGGUUACUGGUCAGCAUUUAUUCCCGAUGAGCCUGGAAUAGGAAGCCCACAGACGGUGUCUUUGAUGACAAUUGCUUUAAAAGAUCCUUCCCCUAAGACUCGGGCCUGUGCUUUCCAAGUUCUCUCCGCCAUUUUGGAAGGUUCCAAGCAAUUCCUGUCCAUUGCCGAAGAUGCCGUUGAUCACAAGAGAGCAUUCACCCCCUUCUCGGUGAGCAUUGCCUCCAGCAUCCGAGAACUUCACCGGUGUAUGCUGUUGGCUUUGGUGGCCGAAACCUCGUCCCAAACCCUCACCCAGAUAAUCAAGUGCCUUGCCAAUCUAGCCUCAAAUGUACCGUACAGCCGCUUGAAGCCUGGUCUGCUAUCAAGAGUAUGGAACCAGAUAAAGCCGUACAUUAAACAUAAAGAUGUUAACGUUCGAGUGUCAAGUCUCACUUUACUGGGUUCCAUCGUGUCGGCUCAAGCCCCUUUGCCAGAAGUGCGUCUCCUUUUGCAGCAGCCUACCUCUUUGGGGAUGAGCGACGGCACACCCAGCCUGCCGCUGCGUUCCGGUGCACCUGAAUGGCGUAGAGAACCCGUUCUGGUCUCAGGAGAACCAUUGCUUGCCCUGGAGAAGACACCAACUGAGCCCUGUUGGCUCCUGCGUCUCUGCAUCUCUCUUGCUGUGUUGCCCCGAGAAGAUUGCUAUUCGGAUAGUGACACCAGCUGCCCGUCAACGGUUAGCACCUAUGAACCCUCGCCAGUUCGCCUGGAGGCACUGCAGGUUUUAGCUCUGCUUGUGAAGGGCUAUUUUAUCCUUGCUCAAGGCUGUUUAUUAGAACUUGGCGAAGUGGCUUGUAAAUGCAUGGAGGAAGCAGAUCCAUCACUUCAGCUCCAUGGGGCAAAACUUCUGGAUGAACUUGGAGUGGGUAUAAUACAACAGUACAAGCCAGACCUAGUUGCAGAUGAGCGGGUACCCAUUGAUGUGGUUGUGACAUUCUGGACAAGGAUGCUUAAUGGACCUUUACCAGCUGCCCUCCAAAACUCCGAGCACCCAACUCUCCAAACCAGCACCUGUGAUGCCCUCUCUUCUAUUUUGCCCGAAGCUUUUAGCCGUCUCCCCCCAGAGAUGCUUUCCGAGACUGUGAAGGUGGCAAAAUGGCAUUCAGUCACUUCAUGUUCCAUCUGUUGA